AUGGAGACCGCCAUUCAAAUGCGCAUGGGCGCUCAGAUGGUGGUGCAGAGCAACGCCUUCAAGAACGUGUCGUACCCCGUAACCAGCAAGUACUCGAAGCAGAUAUAUGCCACGGUCAGCGACAACGACCUCGGCGGCGGCGUCAACAACGGGCCGGCCGGCAACCUGACGGCGACCCCGGUCGGGUGCUCGUACUCGCUCCUCGGGUCCGGCCACCGUCGCGGCGAUGGUCCCCGGCCAGGCUGUGAUAUUUUGACUUUUCAGGUUGAGUGCGCCGGCUUCAACUUCGUAGGAGGGCUGAGGUGGGAGGUUAGGGUCAAGUCCGGUCAAGUUAGGGAUCGGGGAAUCAUGAUCAGGAGAGGAGCAUGA